AUCAUGCAGAUUCACUGCUCGGUGCCUGAAGAGUGAUGCGGCUGUCAAUCAAACGGACACUUUUCCUUCUGUUUACUCUGUUCGGAGGAUAUACACUUAUCAGGACUCUAUAUCGCGUUAUAGCGUGCCACGGAAAGCUGACCGGAGCUCAUGUGGUGUCUGUCCUGGUACAGAACCGGACCCGGUAUCGAUAUGACCGGAACACACCGAUCGUGUUUGUGGGCGGAGUCCCGCGCUCGGGAACGACACUGAUGCGCGCGAUGCUGGACGCACACCCGCUGAUCCGCUGCGGGGCGGAGACGCGCGUGAUCCCCCGGGUGCUGUCGCUGCGGCAGGCCGGCACGGAGCAGCCCGGAGUCGAUCAGGAGAUUCUGGAUGCCGCGACAACCGCAUUCCUGCUGGAGGUCAUCGCUCGGCACGGAGAACCGGCGCCAAUGCUCUGCAAUAAAGACCCGUUCACUCUGAAGAGUGCUGUCUAUCUGUCACACCUGUUCCCCAACUCUAAGUUUGUGCUGAUGCUCAGAGACGGCAGGGCGUCCGUGCACUCCAUGAUCUCCAGACGGGUCACCAUCGCCGGCUUCGACCUGUCCAGCUACAGAGACUGUCUGACUAAGUGGAGCAGCGCCAUUCAGGCCAUGCUGUCCCAGUGCAUGGCUGUGGGCUCACGCCGCUGUCUCACCGUCCGAUAUGAGGAUCUGGUGCUGCGACCGCGAACCUCCAUGCAGAGAGUGCUGCUUUUCCUCCAAUCGCCCUGGCACGAAGGAGUUUUACACCACGAGGAGGCCAUCGGACAGCCCGGAGGGGUUUCACUGUCACGAACUGAACGCUCCACGGAUCAGGUGAUCAAACCUGUGAACCUGGAAGCUCUGACACGGUGGGUCGGCCACAUCCCAGCAGACGUGCAGGACGACCUGGAGAAUAUCGCACCCAUGCUGCGCCGGCUGGGCUACAACCCCAACGCCAAUCCUCCAGACUACGGCCAGCCAGAUCCUGAAGUCAUCAACAAUACUCAGAGGGUACUGAAAGGAGAUUUUAAAAUUCCCAGGAGCCUGAAAAAAUGGGCACAGGAAUCUCCAAUUAUAGGUUCUAAAGGAGGCAGAAAGUGAACCAAGCUCUGCAUUGCCAUACAGUACAAUAUAUAUAUUUAAAUAUAUUACAAUAUUCAAUUAUCCAUUCAUUUUCUUUUCGGCUUAGUCCCUUUAUUAAUCUGUGGUCGCCACAGCGGAAUGAACCGCCAACUUAUUCAGCAUAUCGUCACCUUGGCGUUAUAAGGUUCUAUCUGCUUUCUGAAUGAUUUUGAGAUAUUGAGCUUCUAAUGUUUUUGCAUUCCAUAAAGCAAACAGUACGUGUGUAACAUUUGUUUUUUAGAUAAAAGGUCUUAAAAUGUAAACAACUUAUAAAAACAUCCCAUAAUAUAAGUUGUCAUUUAAUAAGAAUAUGUCAAUAAUUCAAUUUUAACAAAAAUAUCAGAUAGAACCUUACAAUUCUAAGGUGACUAUAUGUUUUUCCAGCUGCAACCCAUAACUGGGAAACACCCAUACACAAUCAUUCACACAAAUCUACUAUAGCCAAUUUAGCUUACCCAAUUCCCCUAUAGCACGUGUUUGGACUGGGGGAAAUCAGAGCAACUGGAGAAAACCCAUGCCAACGCAGGGAGAACAUGCAAACCGACCCAGCCGAGGCUCGAACCAGCGACCUUCUUGCUGUGAGGUUACAGUGCUACCCAUCGUGCCACUGUGCUGCCCAUAUUCCUAUAUAUAAAAUAUAUUUUGAAAUAUAUUUAAGAAAAUAUAUUUUGGGGAAUAUUAAAAAGUAUUUUGCAAUAUAUUUUCUGCAAAAACUUUUUUAAUACCAUUUUUGAAAAUACAUUUUUCAAAUAAUAUAUUUUAGAAUCGCUUAAAAUGUUUUACCCUCCACAUAUUUCAAUUCAAGGAAAAAAAUGCAUGUAACAUUUUAAGAAAAUCUUUAUUAAUUCAUUGUUUUAUUCUUGCUAAACUUUUGCCUCUGUUUUGUUUUGUUCAUUUAUUCAUUUUCUUGUCGGCUUAGUCCCUUUAUUAAUCCGGGGUCGCCACAGCGGAAUGAACCGCCAACUUAUCCAGCAAGUUUUUACGCAGCGGAUGCCCUUCCAGCCGCAACCCAUCUCUGGGAAAUGUUUUGUUUUAAUUGCAUUAAAUAUUUAAUAUAAUAUCUUUAAAUAAUAAAAACCUUUAUCACACACAUUGUAGCCAACUGGAAGGUAUGAAAUAUCUCAUGUUUUGAAAUAUAUUUAGGUUAUAUAUAUAUAUAUAUAUAUAUAUAUAUAUAUAUAUAUAUAUAUAUAUAUAUAUAUAUAUAUAUAUAUAUAUAUAUAUAUGAACAUCACAGAUAAAACAUAUAAUUUUUUUUAUUUAGAAUAUAUGAAAAUAAAAUAUUUACUGUUUGGGUUGAUUGCAGUAUGUGCUUGUUUACAGCUCUGGAGUUUUUCGGUUUGUGUGAUAAACAUUGGAAGACUUUCUGAGAUCAUCCUGAGAAUCAGUGUUGUUGUUUACUCACUGUGUGUUAAUGGAUUUUUACAUUAUUUUACAUGCUGAGUUGUUGUAAUGCAGAAAACUGAUGUGAAAAAUUACAUUAAAGGGCAAAUACCUUUUUAACUUCCUCGUGCUCUCAAAAGAGAAUUGUUCUCUUCAUAAAGGAAGUGAACCAUCGUUUAUUUGCACUGGACUUCCUGAAAACACCGCAGUUUUAUGUCUUGUUUUGGGAAAUGAAAAGAUCUGUGACGUUUGGUGACGCUGUUGCUAUGUGUCCGUUUUCUUGACCUAGUUUUUAUUAAAUGGACCUAUUCAUGUUUUCCUUAUGCCGGAACAUUCCCUUUCCCCUCAAUGUGCACUAUUUCAAUAAACGUAUUUCAUACA